AUGCUCCUGGCAGUUACAGAAGCUCUGGGGGCAACCUGGGGCUUGCCGCGCUUCUUGCUUGCCAUGGCCCUCCUGGCCUUUGGUCUUUUUUGCUGCUACGUAAAAUAUAUCCACAUAAAAUACGAUUACAUCCCUGGCCCUCCAAGGGCAAGCUUUUUCCUUGGUCACAUACCAAUCUUGUGGAGAAUACUUAAAAAGAAUGAAAUAUUUCACGAAUACUUUCUGCAAUGGGCUGAAGAGUAUGGACCAAUUGUGCGGCUUAACAUUGCGCACAGAAUCUUCAUAUGUGUAUUAAGCCCUGAGGGAGUAAAGGAGUUUCUCACAUCACCACAAUAUCCAAAGGACCAACAUGUGUAUGGUGCUGUUGCUAAUAUGUUUGGCAUAAGAGUUGUGGGGAACGGUUUGGCAUCUGACUGCAAUAUCAACCGUUGGCGCAAGCAGAGGAAAAUUAUGGAUCCCGCUUUCAGUAGAACUUACCUAAAUGGUUUGGAGGGAAUCUUUAAUGACCAAGCGGAAGAGUUUAUGAAGGUGAUGGAAGAAAAAGCAGAUGGAGAGACAGAAGUGGAUAUGACAACUCUCAUGGAACGGGCGACUAUUGACAUCAUUGGAAAGGUAGCUUUUGGAAUGGAAAUGAACACCAUCUGGGAUAAGCAGAUGCCUUUUUUACGUGCAAUGACUGUGGUCAUGAGAGGGAUAGGCGCGUCACGGGAUCUUUUUUUUCAGUACAAUCCAAGAAACAGAAAAGUUGUGGAAGAGACUCGGAAAAGUGCGAGGCUGUUACGUCGUAUUGGGAAGGAGUGUAUUGAAGAGAGGCUCAGGGCUGUCAGAAAUGGAGAGGAGACCCCUUCGGAUAUUCUCGCAAAGAUACUGGAGAAUGCAGGGCAGGAAGGGCAGAAUGAUGAAGAAAACAUGCUGGACAAUUUUAUGACCUUCUUCAUUGCAGGUUAUGACACUACUGCUAACCUAUUGUCUACCACUUUAAUGGAACUGGGACGGCAUCCUGAAAUAUUAGCAAAACUUCAGGCUGAAGUAGAUGAGGUAAUUGGUGUGAAGAGAGAUAUUACUUGUGAGGAUCUUCGCAAACUCCACUACUUAUCACAGGUUUUCAAAGAAACCCUACGAUUGUACCCACCAGUUCCCAGCACUAUACGCUGGACAGGGACUGAAACCAUCAUUGAAGGGAUCAGAAUUCCAGCAAACUCCACCCUGAUUUUCAGCACAGGUGCCAUGGGACGCAUGGAAAAGUUUUUCAAGAACCCACUCAUGUUCGAUCCUGACCGAUUUAGGGAAGAUCAACCGAAGCCAUACUUUUGCUAUUUCCCAUUUUCUCUGGGACCUCGUUCCUGUAUUGGGCAGACAUUUGCACAGGAGGAGACUAAACUGUUGAUGGCCAAAUUUCUGCAGAAGUUUGAAUUCCAGCUGGUUCCACCACAGAGUUUUAAAUUGAGAGACACAGGAAUAGUGAGGCUAUUAGAUAAUGUAGUAUGCAAAGUGACACUACGCAACUCUUGCAUUUGA